GGCUCUCCCACAACAAGAUGGUGAUGGAAGCCCUGGACACCAAUGACCCCGAGGUCUACGAUAUUAUCAAGAAGGAGAAAAGGCGACAGAGACUUGGGUUGGAGCUGAUCGCGUCUGAAAACUUUGCCAGCCGAGCCGUUCUGGAGGCGUUGGGCUCCUGCCUGAACAACAAAUACUCAGAAGGAUAUCCGGGGCAAAGAUACUAUGGUGGGACAGAAUUUGUCGAUGAGUUGGAAAGACUUUGCCAGAAGAGAGCCCUGGAGGCCUAUGGGCUAGACCCACAGAAGUGGGGCGUCAACGUCCAGCCCUAUUCAGGUAUUUCGCAAGCUCUUCUGAAAUGGACCGUAGAGUGCCCGCCAGUGGCAGUCAAUAUGCACACAAUAUGGCUAUUUUAAUCGGACCGAUCAGAGUUUGAACAUGACUCAGUGUGGCUGUCUCUGUGUGCCUUUGUUUCAGGGUCUCCUGCAAACUUUGCCGUGUA